AUGCCAGCACUUUGUCUUGUUUCUUCCCGCCACUCGAUUCCGCGGCGGCCGGGAAGCGACGCGGAUGUCGGACCGUUCAUCAAUGUUGUUACCUGGAUCUUGCUGAUUACUUCCGCGCUGGCGGUUCUGACUAGACUGAUUACGAAACGCGUUCUGCGGAGGAGAAUCGAUAUUGACGACGCUUUUGUCGUCCUGGCUCUAACGGCCAGCAUAGCGUCAGGGGCGGCUGUUAGUAUCCAGACGGAAAAUGGUCUUGGGAGAGACAUCUCGUUGCUGACCACAGGUCAGAUUGUGGCAUAUCGGAAAGCUGAAUAUGCAAAUAACAUGCUGUAUAUCGCGACACUGGGAUUCGCCAAAUUAUCCAUCAUCUCACUCCUCAUGAUGCUGACUGCCUCAAAACUGCACCGCAAUCUCGGUCUAGCACUGGCCUGCUUCAUUGCACUCUGGGCCGUGUUUUCAAUCUGCGUUUCAGCAUUCCAAUGCGGAACCAUUGAGCCAUGGCGUUUUCUGGGAAACAAUCGGAUAUGCUUUGACAUUGCAUGCCUCGCCGUCUCUUUCUGGCGUGCCAUGGGUGUCGUCAAUAUUCUCACCGACCUAGCGCUCAUUGGAUUCCCCAUGCACGUCGUCAUUACGCUGCAAAUGAGUACUACGAAGAAAAUCACCAUCCUCACUUUUUUCGGCGCGCGCUCACUAGACAUCGUAGCCACAUCGGUCCAAAUGCUCUACCUCUCGGGCUUCUCCUCCGCAAACCCCACAUGGCACCUCUGGAAAUGGACGCUCCUGGCCCAAAUCAUCCAGUGCAUCACCAUCAUCACCUCGUGCGUACCGUACAUCCGGCCGCUGCUCGAAUCCGUGCCCUCAGGCCUCUACGCAAGCGACGAUCUGCGUCGCAGAGGCACCUCCUCAGACCACUGCGGCGCUGUGUCCCGCGCCAAAAACAACAAUAACAACAAUAGUGCGAGUAGUUCCUACCAACUCUCCAGCAUCGCAUCUAGGUUCCACACCGGGCUACCCCGGAAACCCCCAAUCCCAAUUCACGCCCCCGCCACGCGAACCCGCAGCUUCUGGCCGUCGUCCCUCCUGCUCGCUGCGCAACCGCAACCGCAACCGCAAACUACACAUGCAACGUCCGCCACGGGUGUCCCUGGCGGUCCGCGCCGUCUGGAUGGCGAGACCGACGUGGAGAUCACGGCUGUGCUGCAUACACAGCGUGAGGAGAAGAGGUGGGAUGCCGCGAGUACGGCGAGCCAUUCUAAGAUCCUUAGGACGACGGUUGUAAGUGCGGAGUGGGAGGAGGCAGAAGCGCAGGAAGAUAGGGUGAAGGUGAAGGUGAGCGGGGUGGGAAGGGGGGGUGAGGCCGAUGAGAUUGAGGUUGUGAGAUGA